GGUGCAGCUUACCACAGUGGCUCCGUUUUGGGUCUAUUUCUUUUUAACAGGAGCUUCUGGCUUCUGUUAAGCUUGCUGCCUCUUUUUUGGUCGUGUAAUUGCUCUCUCCGCAGAGACAGUGAAUGGAGAAUUCUCCCUAAGGUCAGCGUUUCAUUAAAUGUCUUGCCUUGCUCUGGCUGCUAUAGUAUUCCAGGCAUCGAUCCAAUCCUACCAUCAAAAUUGCCUGGAGAUUGCCACCAGAUGGGACCGAGCUCUCCCAGGGACUGCCCUGAGCCACUGAGUUGAGUGGGACGCGCCUUGUGCAGUUUACAAUCUCCGUGGGCGGUGGCCCAAGGCGCGGGACCUAUCCGGUGACCGGAUUGGGCCUUGCCCCUGUCCAUCAUCCGAAGGCUCUGGCGCCGACUGUUUGAGCACCGCCUCUGGAAACGAGGGGCGGGAAGAUAGGUGAAGGUAAACGGUGUGUGUGUGUAUUUUUCUCCUCAUUGGAUGGCUUCUGUGUCAGUCAUUACUCUCCCCUGCUCCCAUUGGCGGGAAGGCUCCAGGCUGGUAGCGUGGACACAGUGCUGCCCCGCCCAAGUGGCGAUCCGAGCGCGUGACGUCUCAGAUAUUUGUUGUUGGGGCUAGGGCCUCAUUAAUUAUUCACGAGGUACUUGAAAGCGCGGCAGCGAUUGGUGGCUAAGAAGCCUGGCCGAUUGUUUCUGAGCUAGCGAUAGGUGUCGCCCUCCACGCGGCCGAAAGAGCUGCGCAUAAAUUACCCCGAAGAGGCGUGGGGCGGGGCCGCGCAUAGAUUAGGCAAAUGACAGGGGGAGGGCCGGGAGGCCGGGUACGAAUUAGCCUAAGUUAUUAAAGAUGGCGGCGGAGCGGAGUCGCUCCCCGAUGGACUCGCCGGUCCCGGCCUCUAUGUUCGCCCCGGAGCCCAGCUCCCCGGGGGCGGCCAGGGCCGCGGCGGCGGCCGCCCGGCUCCACGACGGCUACGACUCGGACUGCAGCGAGGACGGCGAGGCGCUCAACGGCGAGCCGGAGCUGGACCUCACCAACAAGCUGGUUCUAGUGAGCCCUACAUCAGAGCAGUAUGACAGCCUACUUCGGCAGAUGUGGGAGAGGAUGGACGAGGGAUGCGGAGAGACCAUAUAUGUCAUUGGGCAGGGAUCAGAUGGGACUGAGUACGGGCUGAGUGAAGCCGACAUGGAGGCCUCCUACGCCACCGUGAAAAGCAUGGCCGAACAGAUAGAGGCCGACGUCAUCCUCCUGCGGGAGCGGCAGGAAGCCGGGGGCCGUGUGCGGGAUUACCUGGUCCGGAAGCGAGUGGGAGACAAUGACUUCCUGGAGGUCAGGGUAGCCGUGGUGGGCAACGUGGACGCUGGCAAAAGCACGCUUCUGGGGGUCCUGACACACGGGGAGCUGGACAAUGGCCGCGGCUUUGCCCGCCAGAAACUCUUCCGCCACAAACACGAGAUCGAAUCCGGCCGCACCAGCAGUGUGGGCAACGACAUCCUGGGCUUCGACAGCGAAGGCAACGUGGUGAACAAGCCUGACAGCCACGGUGGCAGCCUGGAGUGGACGAAGAUUUGUGAGAAAUCCACCAAGGUGAUCACCUUCAUUGACUUGGCCGGCCACGAGAAAUACCUGAAGACCACAGUGUUCGGCAUGACGGGCCACUUGCCCGACUUCUGCAUGCUCAUGGUGGGCAGCAAUGCUGGCAUCGUGGGGAUGACCAAGGAGCACCUGGGCUUGGCAUUGGCACUCAAUGUGCCUGUGUUUGUGGUGGUCACCAAGAUUGAUAUGUGUCCUGCCAACAUCUUGCAAGAAACCCUGAAGCUGCUACAGCGCCUGCUGAAGUCGCCAGGCUGCCGGAAGAUCCCUGUGCUGGUGCAGAGCAAGGAUGAUGUGAUCGUCACCGCCUCCAACUUCAGCUCUGAGAGGAUGUGCCCAAUAUUCCAGAUUUCCAACGUUACGGGCGAGAACCUGGAUCUGCUGAAGAUGUUCCUCAACCUCCUCUCCCCCCGCACCAGCUACCGGGAGGAGGAGCCGGCCGAGUUUCAGAUCGAUGACACGUACUCCGUGCCGGGUGUGGGGACAGUGGUGUCAGGGACAACACUCAGGGGCCUGAUCAAGCUGAACGACACGCUGCUGCUGGGCCCGGAUCCUCUGGGUAACUUCCUGUCCAUCGCUGUGAAAUCCAUCCAUCGCAAGCGCAUGCCCGUCAAGGAGGUGCGCGGGGGCCAGACGGCCUCCUUCGCGCUGAAGAAGAUUAAGCGCUCAUCCAUCCGGAAGGGCAUGGUGAUGGUUUCCCCGCGUUUGAAUCCCCAAGCAUCCUGGGAGUUUGAGGCCGAGAUCCUCGUCCUCCACCACCCCACCACCAUCAGCCCGCGCUACCAGGCCAUGGUGCACUGUGGGAGCAUCAGGCAGACGGCCACCAUUCUGAGCAUGGACAAGGACUGCCUGCGCACUGGGGACAAGGCCACGGUGCACUUCCGCUUCAUCAAGACCCCCGAGUACCUGCACAUAGACCAGCGGCUGGUGUUCCGGGAAGGCCGCACCAAGGCUGUGGGCACCAUCACCAAGCUCCUGCAGACCACCAACAACUCCCCGAUGAACUCCAAGCCUCAGCAGAUUAAGAUGCAGUCAACGAAAAAAGGCCCCCUGACCAAACGAGAAGACGGGGCCCCCCCUGGAGGGCUGCCCGCAGGGGUGCCUCCCCCGGGAGACGAAGCGGGCUCUCUGGGGGCCGCGCAGUCCGCCGCGUCCAGCAGUCUCCAGCCAACGCUCAAGCCCAGCAGCGGGGGCCGGCGGCGCGGGGGCCAGCGUCACAAGGUGAAGACCCAGGGGGCCUGCAUGACUCCUGCCAGUGGCUGCUGAAUUUCUCCUCCCGCCAAGGAUUCUCAUGCUCCGGCCACCUCCAUCCGACGGGCCAGACCGCCCACCCUCCCAGGCCGCAGCCGGAGCUCAGCAUUCCCCGCCCUGAUUCCUGGGGCUCUAACUUAUAGGCCGAGGACGACGGCAGCUUCCGGAGCACUACCAUCUCCUGCCACCCGCCCGCCUUCUUCCUCACUCAGUUUUUGUACAUCGGGGCCCUCAGUUUGUAUUCUUUUUAUUCUCUCUCGUACUUGUGUGCGUGUGCGUGUGCGUGUGUGUGUGUGUGUGUGCGCAGGAAUAUGGCCACUCGGGGCCCUGGCAGUCUGUCUUCUCUUCCUUUCCUCCUCCAUGGCUGGCCCGGCCUCCAGGAGCUGUCCGUCUGCGUGUGCGUCUCUGUGAGAACUUAGGGGCUGCAGGAGCUGCGGGCCCCUCCCAGCGCUGCUGUGCACCCGGAGCCUCCUGGGGCGGGCCUCGGCGGGGCUGCAGGUGUAGUGCUGCUGCUCCGGCUCGGGGGCCCCCUCCUGGGCCUCGGGGCUUUUGGCAGGAUCAACAGCACUGGCUUCCUCUUUUCCCUCCCUCUUUCUCCUUAAGCCCCGAACAGGAAUGCCAAAAGCUCUUACAUUGUGACCUGUACAUGGUGGAGGGGAGAGGCGAUUGGAUUGUGGGGCCCUCCCUGCCCUUCACUCCAGCCCAUGCCACUGGCCCAGAGAAGCUGGUGGCUUUCCUUCCCGGCGACAGUCCUGUUUGCCUGGCUGCUCAGGGCAACUCCUGCUCUGCGGCUCUGCCGAGCCUCCGGCCGCCUCCUGCGUGGACCGUGAAUGUUACUGGGUCUUGGGGCACUGCUGGCCUGGACGGGUGUCACCGGCUCAGUGUCAUGCUCAUAGCACUUCUUUUUGGUGGGGGUGAGGGGUUCCUCUGAGCCAGGCUGGGGUGGAACCCCUCCUUCCCGCCGUAACUCCGCCACGUCACCCCAGCAUGGCUGCUGCGGCACAACAGGGAAUGGCCCGAACCCAGGUCUGGAGGCCCGCACAGAGCAGGAGGCCCUCAAGGAUCACUGCCUGGAGCGGGGUGGGUGUCAGGCCCCAGAGGCAGCGUGGGCCCUGACCCAGCCUCCCCAGCUGUGGCCUGGAGCCCUCCGUUAGGGUGGGCUAUUGGGCAGAGGUGUGCUUUCUCUGGCCGGGGCAGACACCCAGCUGGCUGGGUCCUCCUUCAGCCUGCCUCCCUCUUGUCCCCAACCCUCCUGUCCUGCUCCCAGACUGCUGGUCCCCUCACUCUCCUCCCAGCUGAUUCUAGUUACCACCAGCCCACGGCCACCCAGUGACCAGACCAGCACACACACAAAAGCUUGUCCAUGAUGACGGAGGAGCUGCCACCGGGAGCACUGGCGCUCUGCCUGCCCAGCCCGGUCCUAGAGAACGGGGCAGGGUGGGGGACGCUUCCGGGGGGCAGGCGUGGCCUCCCCACCCUCGCUCACCCCCCAGCUCUGACACGGGACACGUUCAGCUUCUCUGAACAGGGUGCCUCCACGGCGAGAGGCGAACGCCUCCGGGUGUCAGAAUUGUGCCCAGCGCGCUGCUUAGAUCCAGGCUGGGGCACAGGCUCGAGAGAGGUGGCAUCGACGUGGCUGUGGUGUGGCUGGGGCUGUGCCAGAUGUGUCCUCGCUCUGUGGACAGGGAGGUGGCAUUCGUGCCGUUUUGGUUGGGGCCACUGAAGCUCAGCAGGGCAGUGCCAACGACAGGCGGGAUGUUCCCACCCUGGCCCUCGGCCCAGCCGUUUCAGCUGCGCCCGCCGGCCCCGCCUGCUCCUUUGUCUCCUGGCUGUGUCCCUCUUGCUUUUUGGCUCAUUCUGCUGACGGGCUGCCGCCCACGGAACCCUUCGUAAUCAGAGGGCUCCAGUGCUGAGCGCCCUGCUCUGUGCCCACGGCGGGUGCUGUGGAGCUGGUAUUCCCGGGCCUGGCCAUGGUAGCCCUCCGAGCAGGGGGUGCCUCGUUUGUUUGAACUCUUGGGCCCUGUGAGCAUAACCACUGGAUGUUCGGAAGCUGUGGCCGCCGCCUGGCCUCUGUCCUCUGUCCUCGGAUGCUCAGGAGGCUGUGUGAUCUGUGGCCCGCCUGCUAGCAGGGCCGACCGACCGAGCGCAGCGUUUCACUGUCCUCCACGGGGACCACCCGAGUUCCCUGUGGCUCAGCCUACCAACUCCGUUUGGAACAAACACCAGCCCUUUUGUAGUUGACGAAUAAAGUUGUUAAUCUGGUCAUCUC